AGGGGCGGGAGCACGGCGUCGAGUGGGUAACCAAACAGCAGCAGGGGAGAAAGCCACCGGCGGAUGCGCAUCGUUCAGCAUGCGGUGACUAAGGCGGAGGCCUGAAGGCGCUGUGGGUCCAUUGGUGGCAGUAGGAGCAGGAAUCCAGCUUAGAUGAAGGAUGAAGAGCCCGGUGCACAGAUGUAGGGAUGUGGAGCAUAACCGUGGACAGUCUGGGGCUGGGGGAGGAACCAGCUGCCUACAGGAGGAACAGCGCAUCCCCAUCUCCAAAGACGUCAUCACUUCCUCCUCUGCCUCGGCCAUGUGGUUCAUCAGGGAUGCCUGCGGCAUUGUGUGUGCCAUCAUCACCUGGCUGCUGGUCUUGUACGCUGAGUUUGUGGUGUUGUUUGUGAUGCUGUUGCCCUCCAAGAACCUGAUGUACAGUAUUGUGAACGGGACUCUGUUCAACACUCUGGCCUUCCUUGCCCUCGCCUCUCACCUCAGGGCCAUGUGCACUGACCCUGGGGCCGUGCCAAAAGGAAACGCCACCAAGGAAUACAUAGAAAGCCUUCAACUGAAACCAGGACAGGUGGUCUACAAAUGUCCCAAGUGCUGCAGCAUCAAGCCUGACCGAGCACACCACUGCAGUGUUUGCAAACGCUGCAUACGGAAGAUGGACCACCACUGUCCCUGGGUCAACAACUGUGUUGGAGAGAACAACCAAAAGUACUUUGUGCUUUUCACAAUGUACAUUGCACUCACUUCUCUCCACGCUUUGGUCAUGGUGGUCUUCCAUUUCCUCUACUGCUUUGAAGAUGAUUGGACGAAGUGCAGUACCUUCUCUCCUCCAGCAACAGUCAUCCUCCUCAUACUCCUGUGCUUUGAGGGCCUCCUCUUCCUCAUCUUCACCUCUGUGAUGUUCGGCACCCAAGUCCACUCCAUCUGUACCGACGAGACCGGCAUAGAGCAAUUGAAAAAGGAAGAGAGAAGAUGGGCUAAAAAAACUAAGUGGAUGAACAUGAGGGCGGUAUUCGGACACCCUUUCUCCAUAUUGUGGUUUAGCCCUUUCUCCACCCCCGACCACGGGAAGGCUGAGACCUACCAAUAUGUGGUGUGAAGGCUCAGCACAGGGAGUGAUCAAAACCAAAGUGGGAAGGCCUGCACCCCCCACCCCCCCCCCCCACACACACACACACACACACAGCUCAACGCGAUUUACACUGUAUAUCCCACAUUAGCAAUGGACAGCUUUUCAUGUGCUUUUUUUGUGUUGCCAACUAAGUGCUCUAUACGUUUUAUUUUUGUGUUGCCUUGAGUGAGUCGAGUUGCAGAGAAAAAGAAACACUUUACAGUCGUGUUUGCAAACACUGUGAUGGAUCUGUUUGUUUCUGACCUGCUUUCUUUCUCCUCUAUCAGAAGCCCCUCUCUCUUCUUACUGUUUCCUUUUUGCUUCUCCCUAAAGGGUUAGUUCAGCUAAAUUAUAAAGAAAAAGCAGGUAUUAUGUAUUUCCUGUAAUUGCCAGCUAAUUUCAUUACAGUGAAAAUAGGAAAUGAUGUAUAAGGUAAACAAAAAUGCUUCAUAAACUGGCGAAGCACCGAGUUUUAGGACAUUUUAAGGACUAUUUUAGGGUAAAACUGGCUGGAAACUGCAGGUCUCCAGAUUAUAUUAAAAUCACACAUCAGGGUUAGAGUUACUGUAAUUCCACAUUAGCUAUUCUGAUGCCAGUAGAGAGCUUGGUGGAUUUUUUUAGAUGAACUGACCCUUUAAAUAUUACUCAAUGUCAGUGUGUUCCAGACAUGGACUGGAUAAAGCUUUUAAAUGGGUCUACUCAGGAAUGGAUUGUCUGAACCAUUCAGUAAUCAGACCCACGCUCAGGCCGACCCUCUGUUAUAGUGCUGUACAUAGCACAUCAACAUCUUGCCUUUGUUACAGUGGGAUUUUUCAUAGUUACUGAAAAAAAUCUCUCAAGAAUCAAAUGCAAAGAAAGUGAAAGCAAAACACAACAAUUCUAAAAAAGAAUUUACAUUAGAAUUGCAUAGAGUGCUCCAUUUGGUUAUGAUAAUCUUCACCUUUGUUUCUGGGUUCAGACUUUUCCUCUUUGGUCUUUUUUUCAGCCCCAGUUCUGACACAAAGCUCUCGUGUGGGCUACUUACACUUAGAUGAACAUGUCAGUGGACUGAAAGUAAAACUCCAUUAAUUAGAGAAUGGGCUAUCCCUCAGUCUGUCCUAACUGAGAUGUUAUUAUGACUGCUGUUGACAUUAGAAGGUAUUACCGCUUGUUGAAUCUGUGCAUCACUGACUGUUGUCUAAAAGUAGCUGACCAAUGGGGACGCAGCACUGUAAGGCCAGCCAUGAGAACUUCACAACGGUGGCGCUCUUGUAGUUUCUAUGUAUGUUCUACCUUUGAGUGUUUUUGCUCUUCUUUGAUUCACUUUUUUCAUUCUUGGGAGAUUUUUUUUAAAAUUUCAUUAAUAGGACAAAAGUUAAUCCAAAGACUUUUGGUCUGUUAUGUUUGUGAUGAGAGUUCUAAUUUUCCAAAUGGAUCCCUUUUCUUCCCUGUUAGCAGUGACUUUCAGAUUGUCUCAUUCUUACAUUCAGGGUGGAGUUGAAAGCAGUUUUGAAAACAGAGCUCUGUUAUCUCAUCAUGUAAAAACCUGCACAUUACACUGCAUUUAACCGUUUGGGUUCUCAUUAAUGUAAGACUACACGAGGCAAGGGAUCGCAGUGGUACCAAAAAGCAGAGCUGAUAGCCUGCUGUGACUAAAGGAUAGCAGAUGUACUGAAUAUUUAAAGUGGGCUUGUUAUGCUCAUUCCCAGCUCCACAGUUCCAUUCUUGGUCUCUGUUUUCUUUCAACUGUGAAUCAUGCAAAGCUAAGCUAGUAAUCUUUAUUUAUCCUGUGAGGGACCUUUGUGCUCAUCUGAAACGAGGUGGUGUAGUUCCCUACCUUUGAGGCAGCCCUUUCUCAAAACCAACUAUAUUCUGAUUGGCUGCCUCUUGUAAAAAGAAUGUUUGAGUUGGAUGGAGCUUCUGUGUCCACAGUCAGAGCCAGAGAGCCAUGUUAGAGAGAUCCUCUGUCUUUGACAUCAGAGGAAAGAGUAGAACAAACUGUUUGAAACUGAGUUUAGAGCAGUCUGAAGUCUCACCUCAUUAUUUGAAACUUAUUUAAUAUAAGCACCCAGCAUAAUAACACAAAGUAUGGCUCAAAAUAAGGAAAAGCAAAACAAAUUAGGUCUGAUUUAGUAGCUGACCCUUGAUCAGCUAUUGAAAGUCCAUUUUGGAGGAUCUCUGUGAUUAAACAAAAAAGACCAAAAAGUCACGCUGCAGCCUAAUCAUGUUUUCAGUGAUUUUUAGCACCUACAACAUUGUCCCUGUUUCCUCUCUGAUACAUGCUCAAGAAAAACAAAGCCUCUUGGAAGACAGAAAUGCAUCUUAUUUUUGGCUAAAACAAACCAGGAGGUUUCUGUUUGUUCCAGCAAACAGAUCCAGAUUCUCAGUGUUUAAGCUGGCAGUCUGAGUUCUGCUAAAGGAAGGAAAGGGAAAGCCUUUCAAAGGUGACUGAUGUCGACCUCAGCCUGUCUUUAAGCAGGAAAAACAUGUGGGUUAGAAUGAUGCUGACAGUCUGUCAACAUAUGUUCAUUCUGGAUUUUGUUUUUUAUGUUGUUGGGGUUUUUUUGUGUUAUUUUUUUUAUAAGAAAGGUUUAGCCUCCUACAGUAGCCUCCCACUAACACUCUGUUUGCAUGAAUACGUGCCAGUGAAUCACAGCUCUAAGCCCAUGUGGUGUUUUGAUGUUGUGAGCGUGUGCCAAAUUCAAUAAAACCCACAAUUCUGCGAUUA